AUGCCUUUAAUUUUGCCGGGUUCUCUUCAUCCGAGCAACUCAAACGCCAUCUCGUGGAAUAGCAAUGGAUUACUUGCAUAUGGGAGUCACUGCACACUCGUGAUUAUUGAUGUCUUAUCAAAGCGAAUUAUACAAACACUCGAGAAGCAUAAUGCGGCCGUUAAUUUGGUUUGUUGGUCACCUGAAGGCGAAUUUCCAACAACGAGCGAUUCUAUUUUACGUUGUGCAUCAGUUGAUAUAAGUGGUGUUAUUGUUAUUUGGGAUGUGCUUGAUGUAAUCGAAUGGCCUCAGUGGGAAGAAACUAAUCGUGAUUUUCUUCUUGCUCUCCAUUCGUCGAAUAUAUUUGUUUUAUGGAACACAGUGACAGGUGAUCGUGUUUGGAACGUCACCUACAGUUCUAAUCUCUUGCUUUUUGCCACAGAUCUGUUCAAUAUGAGUACUGUAACAUUUGGUGUCAUAGAUGGUUCCUUAUUGUUAAUCAACGAUGUUUUGCUACAUAAAGCUCCUUCUGAUCGUGGAUCUUCGAUCAUUGUACUAAGUUCUCCUUCAAAUCUUCGACAAAUUCAGUAUCAUCUAGCCUAUCCCAAUAUUUUGUUUGCUGCUUCACAAACUGAGGCUGGAAAUAUGCAAUUGAAGUAUGAACGCAUUUUAUGUUGCGAAACGCAACGACAGUCAACUCAUCAUCGCAUUACUGGUGUAUCAUUUUGUGGUAUCACUCAGUCUACCUUAGCAUUUUUAUACAAUUCAGGACGUAUCGCUUUUUACCAGCUUGCGCUUCUGGAAGAUGAUUGCUUUAGACCAUAUCGCUCAAGGCUAUUGAAUAUGGGCGAAAUAUUUUCUUUGGGACAAAGUGCUCAUUCAAUUCGUAUGCGUCAUGUCGAUGGCGAAAAUAAAUUACAUUUGGCUGCAGUUGGUACAAAUCAAGGUGUAAUUCAUCUUGUGAAUGUAUUUACUGCAAAUAUUUUCAAAGAAUAUCAUAUUCAUUCUUGUCCAAUCAAGUGCUUGGAAUGGGGUGGAAUUCAUACUCUUAUUUCUGCUGCAUAUUCCCAUCCACUUAGUACGUCAUCUCUUGUGCGGAAUGAUAUUUUUGUAACUGAUAUACGCACAGGAGAGAGUAAGAGGUUACGACCAGAAACUGAAGAGACGCCUAUAGAAAUGCUACGUGUUUCAUUUUAUCAAUGUUAUUUGGCGAUUGGAUUUCGAAGUGAGCCGUUAGAAAUAUGGCAUUUAAAAUCAAUGCGACUUCUUCGACGAAUGUCGCGUGCUUGCCCAGUAAUCACUGAUAUGGCUUGGUCGGGUAAACACAAUACUAUAAAAAGGAUCGGCAGUUCAGAUUCAGUUUUUCGAGAAAAUCUUGUUGUGCUCGAUCAAGAUUGUCAUCUAUAUCAUGUUGUAGUAAAGGGUCUGCAUGUUAGAGAUGGAAAAGAAGUCAAUUCGCAGUGGAGAGGAGGAAUAUCUUCUCUUAAAUGUUUGGUAUGGAAAGAUGAUUACUUGGCUAUGGGAGAUGCUAUGGGUCGUUUGCGAGUUUGGGAUCUUGGUAACCGGCAAUGUCGUCAAACUAGCGGAUCAUUGAGAGGGCCAAUUCUUAAAAUGAGUUUCUCUAGGUUAAAUGGCGAUCAUUCUUUAGCUGUAUUGCAUUCACAUUGCAUAGCUCUUUGGGAUUGCGACCAGUUGAGUAUCCUUCAAAUUUUAACUGUGGGAACAUCUCUUACUUUAUUGGAUAUGGAUUUAUGUGGUGUUUGUCCAGUAGUAUUAUGUUCCGACAAUUCUUUUCGGUACAUUCCGUCCGUUAUUGUCAAUUUGCCUGUUAAUCAAUUUGAUAUUCCACUGUUGGUGGAUGCCAUUGAUAAAGAUUCAUUAUUUGAUGAGGUCAAUGAAAGAUUUGCUGCUUUGUUUGAGAUUCUUGACUUUGCAACUGAUUCAUUUACUUCUGCAAAUAUCUUUGAAAAAAAAUGUAAGAUUAUCACAGAUGGAUCUUUUUCUAAUUUCAAAUCGGAAAGUGAUUCUGAUCUUAUAUUGAGUAAUACUGAUCCAUGCCUUCAUCAAAGUAAACACUUGUUAUCUGGACCUUCUUCACCGAAUUUUUGUCUAAAACGAUGUCGUGCUAUUCACCGUCUUCUUGGCAAUAAAUGGCUAUAUGACUUAUUAUCAAUCAUUGAUUUUAAACUUGGUGCAGCCGAUUUGUCGCCUCACCUAAUGUUGUUCUGGUCAGGGAAUUCUUCGAGGCAUCGUGCUGAAUUAUUAUUGUCGUGCCUAAUGAAUAUUCCCAAUUUAUCGUCGAAACAGAUUGAUAUAUUGGUUCAUCGAGCCAUCGUUUUAUCAAAGCGUGAAUGGGCUAUGCAAAUGCUAUUGAAUUCUCGCGAGAAUUGCCGUAUAAACGCUCUUCGUGCAUGUUUGCUUGCUUCAGAUGUUAGUUCAGAAGGUGCACAAAAUGGUGUGCAAAUGUUAUUUUUAAUUGGACAUCAUAAAGAUGCUUGUCGUUAUUUGCAAAUUCAUGGAAUGUGGAAUUUAAGCGUUUAUUUCGCUAAGAUAGUAAUGAAAGACUGUGCUGAGGUGCAAAGUAAAUGGCUAGAAAAUCUCUCCGCAAGAAAUACACAGAAGGUUCUUUGUUAUUUUCUUCUGGCUUGUAUGGGUGAAUGGGAUCGUUUACUAACUUCUUUGACAACAAAUUCAAAGUGUAAAACUGCAUGGCGUAUUUGCAAUUUUCUUCAAGCCGCUUCAAUUGAACUUAACGAAAGUACCCUCCAACACAUUCAAGCCAAUAUUUCGUAA